CUUUGAUAGCAUUCUCACAGUCUGCCAGCCUGAGAGAUCCUCCAAACCAAGCCUUUUUUGUUCUUUUCUUUUUCAAUCAACAAAAUGAAUUACCACCAACAAGCAAGGGAGACCUUAGCUCUUCGUCAUCCUCAGUCACAAUGACCAUAUUCAGGCAGAGGGUCAUUCUGCAGAAACCACAGCUUCCCCGCCUGCUGCAGGAUUUCAGCUCUUACCCAACACAAGACACCAGACGAAAGCCACUUCAGACGUUCACAGUUUCCCGGCCAGAGUGAGCCAUGACGAGGACUUCGACAUGCGUAUACCACUUCCUUGUUUUGAGCUGGUAUAUUUUUCUCAAUUAUCACAUCUCACAAAAAGGAAGGAAUACGCAGAUAUCCAAAAUCUUUCAAAAUGGUGGACAGUGGAAAUACUUGACACUUCUUAAUCUGUUCUUGCAGGCCAUUUUCUAUGGGGUCGCUUGCCUGGAAGAUGUGCUGAAGAGAAUGAAAGGAAAAAAAGACAUUAAGUUCAUAACUGCCUUCAGAGACCUGCUUUUCACCACACUGGCUUUUCCUGUAUCCACAUUUGUAUUUUUGACAUUCUGGCUACUCUUUCUCUAUGACCGAGAACUCGUUUACCCUAAGGCCCUAGACGGUAUCUUUCCAGUGUGGCUCAAUCAUGCAAUGCACACGUUCAUACUCCCCUUUUCCCUGGUUGAAGUCAUCCUCAGGCCACACUGCUAUCCAUUGAAGAAGAAUGGACUCACCUUGUUGGCUGCUGCGAGUCUUGCUUACAUUAGCAGGGUCCUAUGGAUCUACUCUGAGACUGGUAUGUGGGUGUAUCCUGUGUUUGCCAAACUCAGCCCAGUGGGUCUAGCAGCCUUCUUCUCUCUCAGCUACAUCUUUAUUGCCAGCAUCUACCUACUUGGAGAGAAGCUCAACCACUGGCAAUGGGGUGACAUGAGGCAGCCAAAGAAGAAGAAGUGAUUAUAUGCUGUUUUCCAAGAACUAAAAAGGAAGAAAACACAAGAGGGUGUUCUUUUCCCAUCUUUUUGGGGUUUUUUUGUUUGUUUGUUUGUUUUUUUGGUGUGGGGAGGUGGUGGAGAAUCAUAAGAAAGUAAAAAGGACAGGAAACAAUAUUUAAAUUAAAAAUAGGGUUAUGCAGGUAGCUCAAUUUGAGGACUCUUGGGUUUUAAAAGGCCAUGCAAAAUUAACUCCUGCUGUCUCAGAAUUUGUGACCUUGGUCUGAACUCUGAAGGGUAUUGUCUGUGGUCAAAAUCUGACCAGACCCCCCCCCAAAAAAAAACAAAACAAAACAAAACAAACAAACACACACACACACACACACAAAAACCUCAUAAACUCAGAGUUAGAGAAUGUUUACACAGAGAAAGAAUUUUGGAUCAUUCAACAUCUUCACUUUACAGAAGAGGUUGCCGAGAAUGUAGAUGAGAAGUUACCUGCAUGAGGCCAAAGAGUUCGUGUCAGAACUGAGCCAGGGGCUUUUGUCUCCCAGAUCUUUUAAUUUCCAAUCCUGUGCCAUGUUUUUAAUAAUCCCAACUUUCUUAAAAACAAGCAUUUUCAUAAGCUAGUUAUUUUCAUGGAUUUCUCAUCUAUUUUUCCCCCUCAAUCUAGACAGAAGUGUAGGGAGAUUCUACCUGGUAUGGUAUAAUGGCAAAUUACUUGGGGAAAUGAGAAAAUCAGUUAUAAAAAUAUUAGGAAAUCUUUCCCCCUUGUGAGCAAGCAUUCAGGGCAGGUAUAAACACUGAACAUAAUGACAUUGUCAAAAUCUCUUCCGUUCAAGUAUUGAUUAACUUGUCAAAUAAAUGUUGUACAUUUUACUUGGGGAACAGUCUAAGUGGGAAGUGAUAUGAUUAUGAGGACUGCUGAGAUUGCUUUGGUACAAAGUACUUUGCUAAGUUAGUUUAUGAUUUAACAAAGCUGAUUGUCAGCAAGCACAUUCAUGAACCCUGCUUCGAUUUUCCUAAUGGAAUUUUCCAGGUCUGUUUUUGUAAAGAAAUAUGUGGUGGGUAAAGAUAGUCAAAUCUAUUGGUGUGUCAAAGGCCCAGGGGCAUUGGGGUGUGGGCACCAGAAUAAAUUGUACUUGAGCUUCCCAACCAAACAUGAUACAGGAGAAAUUUGGUAAAAAUGGGUAAAACCUGGUAACACUGUGCCUGGGACCAAAUUAAAUCUUGAUUGCUACAUAA